AUGAUUCGGUAAGUUAUUUAAUGGUUUUUUAAUAAUCUGAUAAAUAUGUUAAAGUUUUGGGUCAAAAAUUUUAUGUUUUCUUAAAUUAAUUCUAACUUUUUCAGGUACGAGUACGAAGAUGAGGAGGAUCAGCAUGAUCACGUCAUGCCAUCUUACCAGUCGGACUCGCUUUCGCGAGAGCCGUUCGUGGAACAACAAAACAACCGGGAAACCGACUGGAUGACCAGUCUUGGAUUGACCUCGGUAUGUGACAUUAGUCAUGAUUAAAGUGAAUUUUUGAUAGAAAAUAUGGAGAUUUAAGGUGUAAAAGGCUAAAACAAAGUUGUAAUAGGGUUUUGUGAAGGGUUCAAGUUUAAUUUUGGCGAGAAACAGGUGAAUUGAGGUAUAGUUUCAGUUGAUAUUGUACAUGACUAUCUAGGUCAAGUGAAGUUUGGCUGCAACUUGUUCUAAAAUCUUUUAACAAAUUUUUUAAACACAGACGUAAAAAUACGUAAAAACGCUUUAUUAAUUUUAGUUUCUUUAUUUCAGGAUUUUGUCGCUGGAGAAAGCAUUCAACUUGACCAAUACCACUCUGAUACUCUUGGUUUUGGAGACUCGGACUUUUCUGCCUUGGGCGCAUAUGUGGGGGAUUGUGAACCAUCCUAUGCGCAACCUAUGAACAGCACCUUGAAUGAGAUGGAAGAUAACAAGGAUUGGUACAAUAGUCCGUUUGAUGCACGUUCUACAAGCCAGGAGAUGGAAGGGAGCCAGGAUCUGACGAAUUUGGAGCUUGAAUGCCAAAGAUACGAAAUGGACACACAAGAAAUGGAUUCUCAAGACUUUUUGGCCCAUGAAUCAACCAAAUACGAGCCGAACAACUACGAAAUGCAACAGAAUGUUUACGAGGAAAAGGAGAAUAUGCCAAUUGAGAAGCCAAAACGAAAGAUCAAGCAGCCGUCUCAGAGAAGGCCAAUCGAUCAGUUUCAGCCUGUAAGUGGCUACAAAAAGCCAUACUUUUCAUACUGUUGUUUGAUCGGAUUGGCUUUGAAAAAUUCACCUAACGGAAGACUGAAUGUCGCUGACAUCUAUAGAUUCUUAUGGUAAGGUAUAUUUAAAUUAUUGUAACUUUUAGGUCUUUGUGACUCUCAAAACGGGAUUUACUUUGUUAGUUAGAGAAGGUAUUGAACUAAUUUUGCUCAACGUUUCAAGUUAUCAACUGCUUUUUGAAAAAAGUUAUAUUCAAAAGAGUGCGGUUUAUCUAACAUAAUAUCCGAAAAAAUAUUUUUUGGUGGUUUUUCGAUGGUUUUUUCUUAGGUAUUGAUAUUUUUAGGUAAAAUAAGGAUUUUUAAAGAUUAUUUAUUGUUUUUUGAAUUAUAAUUAUAGGUAUUGACAUUAACUUUAAUGUGUUCUAGUCGCUUUGCUUUUGGGUUUGAAUAAGUCGAUUUUUUAGUCGAUUUUUGAGCAUUUUUGUUUGUUAUCAUUAUUUUAUGUAGCAAGAAGGGUUUUAAAAGAUGCUUUAAGUCUUUGUGAUUAAAAUUAUGUAGGUAUUGACAUUAAUUUUGGCCUUUUUCAGUGAACAUUUCCCUUUUUUCCGCGAAGCUCCAACUGGCUGGAAGAACUCGGUGCGCCACAACUUGUCUCUGAACAAAUGUUUUAAAAAGGUUGAGAUUCCACCCAGCCCUCGAGGCGGUCGAAAAUCAUGUCUUUGGGAACUGCAAGACCAGCGCGAGGAGAAGAUGGAGCAGGAGCUAGCCAAGUGGAAGGAGAGAUGCCUCCCGACCAUUGAGUAUGCCAUGGCACGACCGCAGCUUCUGGAUGACAUUAUUGCUGGUAAGGUUGGGAUGCCUCCACCAGACCGUGUCUUUCCUGACCCUGAAUGUGAUCCAAGAACGAUUGUUCAACCUGUCUAUGUUGAUGAACAUGGAAUUGAAUAUCAACAGAAUCCACGUGCUCCUAUCACUGGUAAGAGAUUGAUUGGUAAGAUUUUUGGUUUUAAAAUUGUUUAAAACGGCAAAAACUUUUUAAAAAACAUUAGAAAUCGACCUCCAAAUUUAAAAAAAAACUAAUUUCAAAAAUUUUUAGUGACCCAGUCCGAGCUGCCGUCCACGAUCAACUGUCAGCCUGUAAACCAGAGGCCCUCAGCGACUAUGCAUGGAGACAUUGCUGAUUACGACCCGACUUUUGAUUUGACCGGUCGUAGAUACGAUGACCUCGGCCUAGGAUCUGUAACUCCACCACUAAACAGUCAAGAACAACCAGGCCCAUCCAAUUGGAGACCGAAUUCGGCCGCUUCUAGCCACGGGUUCCCGGUUCAAUAUAUUGAUGAUAACUCGAACCAAGGCUACUACGUGGCUUCUGAAUCCGGCUCUAACCAAGGAUAUCAGAUGACGAACCAAGCUUACCACAUGGAUUACGCUACUGGAGUCACUAUGAAUUUGGCUUCUGGAGUCAAUUCAGAAUUCCGGUCUGAGCCAGAAUCCAAUUCAAAUACGUCACCAAGAAGUGAGCUGCCGGACGUCAAAGACGAAGAAAGUGAAGCCCUAGUGUACACCACCCUCGAACCAGUGAAAAAAGAAGAAACCCAAGGUGAAGAAGCGAAGGAACCCAAGAAAGAAAUAAAAGAAGAAACGGUGAAAGAAGAGGUACAACAAACUGAAGUUGACGAAGCUCCAAGAGAAGAAAGUCCUAUUUUAACUGCGUUACGGCCGAUUUCUGGACUCACUGAAUCGACCGGUCAAGCCGGAAAUCAAGGUCAAGCUGGAGGUCAAGUUCAAGUCACAACUCAAAUCGGUCAAACCUCAAGCCCAGCUCCCAAUUCUCAUGGACCAGUCCAACAAAUCAUCCGUGAGAUUCGGCCAAUCCAGCAGAUCAUUCGCCAAAUCCAACCUGCCCGAGGUUGCGAACUACCCCCUCGAGAUGGUCAAGCCGGUCCACGUUACGUUCAACAAGUACGUCAAGGUCAGCAAGGCCAGCGACGUCAAGUUAGACGUGUUUCACAUCAACAGGUUCGCAACCGUGAGAUUCAACGUGAAAUACGUCACGUUCAGGGCAACACUCGUCAAGUUCACCGUGAGGGUCGUCAGAAUCAUCGUCCGAUUCACGUCUACAAUACCCAGCCGACCUACCUCCACGAAAACCAACAACCGUACCAUCAAGUGGUCUACCGGGCCAUCGACCCACCGUCCACUCACCAACGUGCCGCCAGAACGCUGGAGUCGCUGCUGAACCGCAAGAAGCAGGCUACGUCACAUCCGCUAAACCAGUCAUCUGGAGACGAAAACGAGCCUCCAACUGGUCCUUCUGGUACUCAUAGCGCUACUUUUGCUGGUACUACUUCUUUCAAUGGUGCUGGUCUAAGUGGUACCACUUUGGCCCCGUUUUCGGCUUCUACUGGUGGCUCGCUUCAACGCAGUGCCAUUAGCACAGCACCAUUCUCGGCUUCAACUGGUGCUAUCAAUUCUACUACUUCAGCUGGUACUGUUGAUUCCCAGUCGACUUCAUUCGCAGCUUCAAAUGGAGCUAUUGGAACACUGCUGAACUCAAGUGGACCAAAUGGUUCACACGCGUACCAAAACGGUACAACCGUUUUGAAUGGAGCCCCAGGCACUGCCGUCCACAUGACCAAAAUCAGGAUCACACGUGGACCCAAUGGUGCCAACCAGACCCAGUACCUCGUCCGCCGCUGCCCAGCACCCGCAGCUUGUGCCCCAGUCACCAGACCCGUCGUGUCAUCUCUUCCUGGUAAACAGAACAGCCCUUGA